CGGACACCUGCGCGACCACCUCCUCUCGCCCGCUGAGCCCACCCCAGGCGGCGGGCUGGGGAGGGGCACCCCCUGCAUGGUCUGUGUACAGCAGGGCGACGACGGGGACCGUAGGCGAGUAGGGAAGCUUCUGACGCCUCUACCACAUCCAUCUCCUCUCUGCUCCCUGCUCUCGUCAAGACUGAAAAACAAGAUGGUGAAAUUGGUCAUUCUUUGCCUUUCUCCCAAGAGGAAUGAUGAUAAAACAGGAAGAACAAGGCACUGAGCGACUCACAACUUCAUUGAGAUAUCCCUUGUACCUCAGAAACCAACACAGGCCACAACAAAGAUGGAACAUAGGAUAAGUCUUAAUUCUUUAGCUGAAAAACUUCACUCAAAGAGGAUAUGAGUUAAACAGUCACCAACUGUGCUCCUUUUUAUUCUUCUACAACAAGAGGGUUGCUUAAAAGGUCAAGUUGAAAGAUACUACUGUUUCUUUUAAGCAUCAUGAAUUUCACAGGUCAAGAGAUAAUAACCACCUAUUUUCUUCAUCCUGAGAACAUAAAAAGAUAGGGAGGACCCUUCAUCGGACUGAGAAGGGGACGCAGCCGAAUGAACAGACGCAGAGCCAAAAGGAGGAGGAGAGAGAAAGAGCAUUUAUUCUAUGGCAGUUACAGUAUUUAUACCUCUCUGCUGGGAGGAGGUGGUAUGGAACUGGUAACACCUGAACAUACCGAAUCAAACCAUCUAUUUCACCAUUAUUACCACCACAUUGUAACACAGAAGGAUGCCACUAUACGAAAAUUCCAAGCGAGCUAAAAAGAAAAAGAGAUGAUUAUACCUGAGAUUUCCCUCUGAACGGGAUGACGGCCACAGCUGCAGUGGAGACACCAAAAAUGGAGAAUAGUGCCUACAAGGAAGAGAAGUGUCAGACUAAGCAAAAGAGCACAAAGCAGGACCAUGCCGAGCUUGAAGAAUGGAUUAGCUCUAAAAGUGAUCCUGAACAGACGAGCCUUAAGAGCAGCAAAAACAAUGACUGCAGUUGUCAACCUGAAGAUUUUCAACUGAAGAAAAAGGCGAUUCCCUCCAAGCCACACCGACAACUUUGUAGAUCACCUUGCCUAGAUCGUCCAAGCUUCUCCCAGAGCAGCAUACUACAAGGUGGGAAGCUUGACUUGGAAAAGGAAUACCAAGCUAAGGUGGAUUUUGCUCUAAAGUUGGGCUAUGCACAGGAGCAGAUUCAGUUAGUGCUGAACAAGCUGGGUCCUGAAUCCCUUAUUAAUGAUGUUUUGGCAGAGCUUGUAAGACUGGGGAACAAAGGUGAUUCAGAAAUGCAGGUCAACUUGAGCCUGUUAGUACCUCAGGGGCCCGGUUCAAGAGAAAUUUCAAGCCUUGAACUGUCUCUUGAAGAUCGAAUGGGAAACAGUGACAAUUUGAGGCCAAUUGUCAUUGAUGGAAGUAAUGUGGCAAUGAGUCACGGGAAUAAAGAAGAAUUCUCCUGCAGAGGAAUACAACUUGCUGUUGAUUGGUUUCUAGAUAAAGGCCAUAAAGAUAUUACAGUAUUUGUGCCUGCGUGGAGAAAGGAACAAUCCCGCCCUGAUGCACUAAUUACAGAUCAAGAUAUCCUACGUAAAUUGGAGAAGGAAAAGAUUCUUGUCUUUACCCCAUCCCGAAGGGUGCAGGGCAGAAGAGUUGUCUGCUACGAUGAUCGGUUCAUAGUCAAACUGGCUUUUGAUUCUGAUGGCAUCAUUGUGUCCAAUGAUAACUACAGAGAUCUUCAAGUAGAAAAACCAGAAUGGAAGAAAUUUAUAGAGGAGCGGUUGCUGAUGUAUUCUUUUGUAAACGAUAAAUUUAUGCCUCCUGAUGACCCUUUGGGACGGCAUGGCCCAAGCCUUGAAAAUUUCUUAAGAAAGAAACCCAUUGUUCCAGAGCAUAAGAAGCAACCAUGCCCUUAUGGCAAAAAAUGCACCUAUGGCCACAAGUGCAAAUACUACCAUCCAGAGAGGGCUAACAAAUCCCAGCGUUCAGUUGCUGAUGAGCUCCGCAUCAGUGCCAAAUUAUCCACAGUGAAAACCGCGAGUGAAGGCACGCUGGCCAAGCGUUGUACAGGGCUGUCUAGUGACAAAGGAGAAAUAACCUCAGAAGUCAAAUGCAUUGCCUCCAAACACAAAUCAGAUCCCAGCAUUUGGUCUGUGGCUGUGGAGCCUAAUGAAUGGCUUUCUUCUGCCCAUAAACCUGAGACCAGUUCUGUCCCUCCACUUGUGACUGCCCUAAGUGUCCCCACAAUCCUACCCCCCAAAAACCAUGCAGUGGGUGCACUCAAUACACGUUCAGCCAGUAGUCCAAUACCAGGAUCUUCUCAUUUUCCCCACCAAAAGGCCUCUUUGGAGCACAUGGAUAGCAUGCAGUAUCCCCCCAUUCUGGUUACUAAUAGCCAUGGAACCCCUAUUAGCUAUACUGAGCAAUACUCAAAGUUUGAUUCCUUAGGGGAUCAAGGCUAUUAUUCAGUGUUAGAUGACUUCUCCAAACUCAAUACCAACAGCAUGCAUAAUAGAGAGCAUCACAUAGAUGAAACAGACCGAGGGAUGUAUUCCCGAAAUUCCAACCUCUGUCUUGAUAGUCGUAUUAGUCAUCCCAGGAACGACAACUAUUCUUCUUACAACAAUCUGUACUUGGCUGUAUCUGAUAUCCAUCCUGAAGGCAAUUUAAAACUGCAUCGUUCAGCAUCUCAAAACCAUCUCCAGCCUUUUACACAUGGUUACCAAGAAGCCUUAACACGAAUGCAGAGCUAUUGCCCAGAAGAUUCAAAGCAAGCACCCCAGAAGCAAUCAGUUUCCCACUUAGUUUUGCAUUCCCAAAAUUCUGCAACUGGAACAUGCUCCAGCUAUCCUGGAGACUAUCCCAUGCCUCCCAAUAUCCAUCCUGAGGUGACUUCCCAGCCAGGACGUGCCCUGGUGAUGACUAGGAUGGACAGCAUUUCUGACUCACGCCUCUAUGAGAGCAACCCUAUUAGACAAAGACGACAUCCUCUAUGCCGAGAACAACAUGCCAGCUGUGACCCGCUGACCUUUGCAACUGACUCCUAUGACCGCCACUCCUAUCCUUUAAGUAACAGCCUCAUGCAACCAUGCUAUGAGCAAGUCAUGGUAAGGAGUGUUCCUGAAAAGAUGGAGCAACUCUGGAGGAAUUCUUGGGUUGGAAUAUGCAAUGAUUCCAGGGAAUAUAUGAUUCCUGAGCACCAGUAUCAGACCUAUAAGAACCUCUGCAAUAUUUUUCCCUCAAACAUUGUUCGUGCAGUGAUGGAGAAGAAUCCCCACACAGCUGAUGCCCAGCAACUAGCAGCCUUGAUUGUUUCUAAGCUUAGGUCUGCACGCUGACAUGACUCAGGACUUUAUACAAAUAUGAACAUUAAUACCAAAUAAUGUGCUAAUAUUAUGAUAAUUGUAACUAAUUGUUUGGUGUUGCACUGUUUAUGGCACUGAAAUGUAUAAUGAACCUGUGACGUCAGUCCAUAAUUGUCUUUAUUCUAGGUUAAAAAAUGCUGAAGCUCAGUGAAGUUAAAUGACUUGCCAAAAUCACACUGCUAGAAAAUGCCUAUGUCAGAACUCACACCCAAGUUUUCAGACUCUAAUUCCAUUUUGGAAUUCAGCAUGCAGGUGAUGGAGAAUAAAACCCAGGAAGAGAGGGGUAAAUGAAAGAGAUUCCAUUAGCAGUGUUUUCUUGGUCAUAUUCCAUAUUACAAAAUAUACAUGAUUUAGGAUCAGGGUCGAAAGUAUCAGGAUCAGAUAAGCUGAAUUAAUCUUUAAAUACUUUUGAUAAUAAUAUUUAAAACUAUUUGAAAGUAAAUGCAUACUUUGUUGCAUGGAUACAUUACCAUUAAAUAUUAUAUUAGCCACACUAUAGAGUCACACCAAGGCUUCUAGUACUGUAUUUGCAUGUGACUAUGUAGUUUGAGAUAUACAUAUAAUUCAACAUAAUCAUUUAAAUAAUGAUAGUAAGAAGAUAGAAUUUGCACAGUCCAUGGUCUAUAAUUCGAUAGAUCACAAAUAAAACAUCGUUUCAUGUUACAUUUGUAGUUUCAACUAGUUUUGAAAGUGAAAUUAUAGGCUACUGCUAGAACACUGCUUUCUUAGAUAUCAGAAAAAUCCAGCUCUAUUCCUUUGUGAUUUUUACUUCUGCAUUUAUUAAUAUUUCUUAAUUUUUAAGUCUUGUUCUCAGAAAAAGAUGGCAGCCUUCUUCAGCAGAUGUAUGAUCUCAAGUCUCAAGAAUAGUAUGUGUUUUCUGCAUAAGUGCAAGAUUGUUUCCUUAAGACCAAGGAUUUUUACAACCAGUCUUAUGCUUGUAAGACUCUACUUUUUUCCAAAGGAGAUAGCCAAAUUCACAUGGCGUUAAAUGAACACAGAAACUUCUCUAAUAUGGGGAGUAAUGGAUGUUCUUUGGACUUCUAUACAGUAUUCUACACCACCAGAUGAAAUGUAAUGGAAGUCAGCGAACAGUUAUAUAAUUCAUUUUUUCCUUCUAUACACCCUUUGUGCAUUAAGGUAAAAAAAUGGUGAAGCAGAAUUUCUUUAGAAAACAAAAUCAGGGACUUUUCUUGGUAGAAAAAAAUCAACUUCCAUAAAGGGAUGCCACCUUUUUGUUAAUAGCUGCCCUUUCAAAUCUAUAUAAAUCUAAGGCUGAACUUACUCUCAUAUAAUUUUUCAAGGUAGAAUAUUGGAUUAAUCAGCACUUUAUGUGUCAUUUUUUUCUUGCUCAGGUAGGAAACGUUAUAACUAAAUAUCUCCAAAAGAGGCAUUUCAUUUUGUUUUUGAUGUGUUUAAAGGCUAUCUUUAAACAGAUUCCUUUUUUGAAUCCAAUUCACUAGUUUGGGGGGCUUAAACUUGCUAAUUUUUAUGGUUGUUUUUACAUGGAAGUUGAGAAGGUCUAGUCUUGACCUUUUGUUACUUCAUAAGGAGGUAUGAUACUGCCUAUAAAUGUUUCUUAAUGUGAAACGCUCAGAAUGUGAGGCUGUCGUCAGGGUUGUUUCUGGCAGUUUGAUAAUGGCUUGCAUAACUGGCUUUCUAUCCCUGACUUAGAUGAUCAAACCUGUAUCUCAGCCAAUGAUUACCUUUAGUUAGACACUUUAUAUUCAUUCUCUAUCCGCUAAUAUUUCUAUCUUCCAACAUAUUAUAAAAUAGAAGCUAUAAUAUAAUAAACUGACAGUUUCCCAUGAAGUACUUGCUACUUCACAUAAAGGCCUCUUGAUAAUUACAACAUCCUUAACUUCUAGAAUCAUCCCAUAUUUGAGUUUUAUGCAGUUCAUCUUCCUAAUAAAAUCAAUGGUACCACAAUAUCCAGACAAUAACACAGGAAAGCACACAAUUACUCUUGUGAGCUAAAAUCCUCAUUCUGAAUGUAUAAGAAGAUAUUUUACUCAAAAUACUGUCAGCUAUUCCCAACACAGAAAAUACUUAAGGAAGCUUGUAUAUGUUAUUUCCUAAAAGCAAUUGUACCCCACUCAUAAAAUGUGUAUGAAAUAAAGCAGCUAGGAGCAAUGCCAUAGAAAACCAGAAAUGACCUUUUGUUGAUACAAAUUGUAUCUUCUAUCCCGAUUGUUUAGGAACAAUAUACAGAACUACUCUGAAACUAAGUUUGGUUCUCACUUUCCAAAUGUAUGUGGCACUGUGUGUCAUAGUGAAGUAACCAAGGAUUGGUGAGGGAACUUUGAUUUUCAAAGGGCAUUACUAGCUUAUCACUGUCAUGCCAUUGCUCAUCGAUUUGCUCGAGCGGGCAUCAGUAACGUCUCCAUGGUGAGACUUGUUGUUACUCUUUUGGGCAUAUCAAAUACGCCACGGGUAGCUUGCCAGGCUCUGCUGUGCGGGCAAAAUACACUCGGUGUUUACCGCGCUCUCCGACAGGGGCAGAGGAAUUGAAUCCGGGUCGGCCGCUUGCAAGGCGAACACCCUACCUGUUUAUAGACAAAGAAUUUUUCAAGUCUUCUUUAUCACGAUGUGGACAGGUAUUUUGUGUACAGAUUUCAACAUUAUAUUGCAUAAGUUAUCUUCAGCCUAUUAAAUUUAUUGUGCUCUUGCAAAUACUUAGUGUAUAAAAUUUUGUUAGUGAAUCAUCUUUAGAUGAUUAAAUAAGAUUAUAAACAGAGCUGCGCAAUUAUGAAUGCAUAUAUUUAUUUUAGUCCUUUGCUGUUAUAAGAGAAACAUUUUCUCUACAUUGAGGUUUGCACACAUUGAUUUUUUCAAUUGUCUGCCAUUAUAAAACAGUAAAUAAAAAGGAGCACUGCCUAUCCUCACAGUAAAAUCAUGAAUCCUUUCUGAGGCUGUGUGUCCUCAACUUAAUUAUUUUGUCUUGGUUUUUGGAGCCAUCGCUAGUGGUGCUCAUGGCUUACUCCUGGCUCUGCGCUCAGGGAUCAUUCCUGGCAUGGUUCAAAGGAUCAUAUGUUCUACCGGUAUUGAUUGAAACCUCACCAGUUGCAUGCAAGGAAAAGUUCUAUGUGCUGGUACUCUUACCCCAGGAUAAAUUGUGUACUCUGUAGGGGUUUUAUGUCGUUUUCAAAAAGCAGUAUUUCAUAGAGGUGCUUUGUAAUUUUAAUUAUUUCACUGAUUUUCUGAAUUCAGAGCAAUUCUGUGUUUUUUCAUGUCCUAGAUUUAGUAAGUUUUUGGUUUUUAGAAUUUUUACUAUUUUAUUUUCAUUUCCCCCUAAAUAAGUGAACUUCAUAGUGACAUGGAAGAUUCAGAGCUUCUUUUACAUACAUGUUCUCUCCUACUAGUUUCAAGAACACUUCUAAAACCUAUCUUUUUCCUAUUUUCGAUAUCAUCUUUAUAGUUAUUCAAAUAUUGAUAUCCAUUAACUUUAGCUUCUAAAAUAGAAGAGUUCAUUUUGAGAACUACUCAACUACCGUUUUUAUCUAUGCUGUUUAAUUGGGGAACUUUGUACAAAUACCCACUUUAGAGAUCAAAUUUUCAAUAUACUUUAUUUUCUUCUGUGAACUAAGUCUGAAAUUGCACAUGGAAAGGUAUGUAAAGCUGUCCAUAGAGCACUGCUCACCUCCCCAACCCUUCUCUGCCUUUCCCUAGUUUGUCUAUGCUCAAGUCUGACACUAAAAAGUAGACUAAAACAGAAAUGACACCACAUUUGGUUCUACUGGAAAUCAUUCCAGUAUAUUUCUAGAACCUUGUCUAUAAAGGUUGAUGCUUUUGAAAAUUCCUCAAAAUCUAUCACAUUGUAGCCAACUCUAUACAUUGGCAGACUGACUAUUUUUAAUCCUGGUUUGUAUAUCAUUGACCAUAGUAGUUUGGUUUGUCCAUUUGUGGGAUUUUUAAAAUGUUUAAUGCUUGUAAUCUUUUAUAAAUUCUAUUUGGGUUUUUUGUUUGACCCAAACAUAAUGUAAGUCUCAAUGACAAAAUACACUAAACAGGGAUGAGUGAAAAUAUAUCCUCUGCCCUAUUUUCCCUGUAAUGAUGCAUGUACAACACUCUGCGAUGUUUAUCUUAGCAUGAAUGCACUAUGAAUAUUUCAUAAUGUUUUGAUUUGUUAUAGAUUUGCUAUAAUUAUGAUGAAAAAUGUAUCACUGACAAUAACAAACCAUAACCAUAUUUAUUGACUGCAUAAAAUCUUUGCCUACUAACUAUUUAUGGUUCUUUUUCUUUAAGAACACAGUGGCCAGACAGUACUGCAGGUAAGGUAUUCUGCUUGCUUAAGUCCUACCUGGGUUAAACCCCAGCGUCACAUGUAUUCCUCUAUGAUCCCUAGACACAGAGCCAGGAGUAUGCCUUGAGCACAGAUGGGUAUGGUCCAAGACUAGAACCAACAAAAAAAGAAUAUCAACAGCAAACACCAUAGCAUACUUACAUAUGCACACCUUGGUUUACACCUAAAAUGUUUAUUUCUAUCCUUGGGACUUGGAUGGUAAGAUAAACUAUCAGCUUCAAAAAUGAGUUCUUACGGUAAGCAAUUUGGCCUAUAAUUUUCUAUACUUAAAUCAUAAUGGUUGUCAACUGAUGCUUCCUACACUGCUAGGCUGGGCCACUCCUUCACUGGUGGUUCAGAUUUAGGUGGAGAAGUCAGGGCCCAUAAUUAUUUUUACAAAUUAUCUACAGUUUCUUCCCAUAGUAAACUCAGGAAAGCAAUGCCUUAAAUUUCUCCUUAAUUGCAAGUUUCUCCUUAAUCAUAAGCAGAAAAUCAGCAAAUAUGGUCAAAUUUCUUCCUAAUUUACCUCUCUGGCAUCAGGACAUGCCACUUCUUUCAUAUAACCCAUGUUAAAUUAUACUACCAGUAUACUAACAUGCUGUACUUUUUGUAUUCCUUCCCUUCAAGCCCUUGGAGACUCACUGCUAAAUAUAAUCUCCUCUAAUGUAUCCUGCAACUCAUUGUCCAGACACAGUACCUCUCCUUAGAGACCCUGCAGAAAUCUCAAGCAAUCUUGAUACUUGUCAUGUUAAUGACAAGUUGACACAUUAUGUUGACACAUAAACUCCUCAACAAGCAAGAAUUUCCCUGGGAAUAGAAAAUCAUUUUGAUCAGUCAUGAAUUAUCUCCCAAGAAAAGUGGUGAAAUUUAGCUGAAAUAAUAGGACAGUCAUUAUCGUGCUUGCUUUGCAUACAGCCAACCAACCUGAGUUUGGUCCACAACACCCAAAACGGUCUCCCAAGCCUGGCCAGGAGUAAGCCCUGAAUACAGAGCCUAAGAGGGUGUUGUUAUUCACUGGGUUGGUACAAAAAUGUGAAAGUGACAUUCAUUUACUUCUGUUAA